CCUCACAUUUCAACCCUUACAAAUCAAGAUUCAACGCAGGAGGAAGAACAUUCCAUUCCGCUCGCACAUUGCCCUUAAACACAUCCUUGAUCAUACAAAACAUGUCGGCUUGCAGCAAAAUCCGUCACAUUGUUAGGCUGCGCCAGCUGCUCCGGAGGUGGCGGAAGAAGGCAUCAAUGGCUGCGCGUCUCACACCCUCCGACGUGCCCGCCGGACACGUGGCGGUGACCGUCGGCUCCAGCUGCAAGAGGUUCGUCGUCAGAGCGACGUACCUGAACCAUCCGGUUUUCAAGAAGUUACUGGUCCAGGCAGAGGAAGAGUACGGGUUCGCCAACAACGGUGGCCCAUUGGCCAUUCCUUGCGACGAGACUCUAUUUGAGGAAAUUCUCCGGUACUUGGCCCGGAAGGAGUCCAAUGUCAGCAACUCGAACCGGUUCAUGAGCUUCGAGGAUUUCCAGAGGUACUGCCACGUGGGCUUCCGGAGCAACCUUGAAUUCUGGGCUGAAUCCCGGGCCCUUUUGCAUGGGGUUUCGGAUAAGUCCGUUUGGUGAGUAAACUACAUGCAAAACAAGGUUCAGAUUUUGACCCGGGUAAAACGGAGCCGGGUUUUCAGUAGGAAUUAUCAUCUUUUUUCUUGUUUAUUUUGUGAUUCUUUUACGUAAAUCGAUCAUGUGAAACGGGGUGGUGAAUUACUUAAACUUGCUCCGGGAGAAUAUCAUGAUGGAGAUGGCAAGUAGGUGGGGCGGGUCGCCACCGAGUCGUCCCGGGUUCGGAUCGGAGCGGAGUCAACAAACAGUGCUUAUGCAAAUUAUUACAGCUGACAAAUUAAAGAAAGAAGUGAUCAUCAAGGGUUGUAAAUUAAAAACAAAUAUAUAUAUAUAUAUAUGGGCAUUCUUAUUUCAUUCAUUUCAUGGAAAUUAAUUGUAAAGGAUUUCAAUUCAAUGAAAGCAUA